CGUUCUUAGAGUUUGUUAGUCGCCUUACUAACUGUAUCAUUUCGUAUCACUGGUAGUCUUGGAAUUGCUGAGGCUUAAUUUGCAAAUCAACGACAAUCCUAUAUUCAAGAUGCGUUCCAUCAUGCAUGUUGUCGCUGUAGCUUUGAUAUAUUCAUUGCUGCAAACAGUUACGAGCGACGACUUACUAGGGUUCGAAGUAUAUAAAUUUUUUGGUGACGUUGCACAAUUAACGUGUACUGUUAAAGGAAACAAAACUGAAGUAUUGGCAAAUGCUUAUUGGCAGAAGACCGACUCAAAUGGUUCAGUAAUAUAUAAUGUAACAAGUACAUAUGACAGACACGUCGUUUGGUUUGAUGAGUAUAGUAUAUCUUUAGGGAUUAAAGACUUAGAAGAAACAGAUAGCGGAUGGUACGAAUGUAAAGUAUUCUUCAAUGAGACCAAUACAAUGAAUAGCGUAAACGUGAAAUUGAUAGUUGAACCGAACCCUCAUUUGCCAACAGCUUUCCAGCGAUUAAGGUCUGAACUUAUCACUAGCUGGAAACGAUUUAUGUAUUCAAUUAUUUCUGCAUUUCGAGAGUUAUAUCUGAAAGAGAUAGAUUAUGAGACUCAUGAUAUAUGAUAUAUGAGUCACAUCUGGCAUAAGUAGCCAUACACAUUAUAACAAUUAUAUAUCCUAAUAUGUGCUAUGGAUAUAAUAAUAUUAGUGAAUAAGUAUUAUAAACUUUUCUUCAAAUACUUGUUUAUAUCACAAGUUUAUCUCAGUUUAUCAUUUGGAACUAUAUGUGUAAUGUACUAAAUCAUUUGUGUGGAACAUAAUAAAAUGUUAUAAAAAA